UUCGUGUACGCCACAGGCUGCGAUCUAAACCGGGAUCCUGCCGACAAGAGUUACGGGGACCACGCGUGAAACGAGCUAAAACAAAACCAAAAGAUGACAACUUGGCAAGCACCUGGUGCGGGGUUCUAUCCAGGGCAACAAGGUCCAUAUCCUCCAUAUCCUCAACAAAAUCCCGGAUAUCCACCACCACAGGAAGGCUAUCCGUAUCCUCAACAAGCUCCAGGCUACCCACCGCCUUACUCCGGUGGGAAUCCGCCAGGUCCAGGAUUUAUACCUCCACCAUACGGUGAAGCGCCACCGCCAGUUGGUCCAGAAUUUGGAGGAAUCCCUCCAACAGGUCAACCAGGAAUGUACGGAACCGGCUAUGGGGAAGAUCCUAUGCAGGAUGAGAUCAAAGGAUUUGAAUUUAAUGACAAAACUAUUAGGAACGGCUUUAUCAAGAAAGUGUAUAGCAUUUUAUUGUGUCAGUUGGUCAUCACAUUUGGAAUGAUUAGCCUAUUUAUUUAUCAUGACAAAACACGAAUGUGGGUCCAGCGACACACAGAGCUGUUUUGGAUUUCUUUCGCUAUAACGAUUGUUCUAAUCAUAUGUAUGGCUUGCUGUACCACUGUGAGACGCAAAGCUCCAAUGAAUUUUAUAUUCUUGUUCGUAUUUACAUUGGCAGAGGCUUUUUUACUAUCCACAGCUGCAUCGACAUAUGACUCUAAGGAGGUCAUGCUAGCCGUUGGAAUUACAGCAGUAGUUUGUCUAGGAUUGACGUUAUUUGCAUUUCAAACAAAAAUCGAUUUUACUGGAUUACAUACUGUAUUGUUUGUCGCUGUGCUCAUUUUACUCGUUUUCGGUAUGAUCGCGAUAUUUUGGCCCGGAAGAAUUAUGACUUUGGUCUACGCUUCGUUGGGCGCACUAAUAUUUUCUCUAUAUCUAAUUUACGAUACGCAAAUGAUGAUUGGCGGAAAACAUAAAUACUCUAUCUCGCCAGAAGAAUAUAUUUUCGCUGCAUUGAGUCUGUAUUUGGAUGUCAUCAACAUCUUCCUCUAUAUUCUAACUAUUAUUGGCGCUUCGCGAGACUAAUUGAUGUCAAUUACAAUAAUUUUAAUUGUGUUACAAAUACUAUGGAAUACACUGUCAGUUUUUACUUACCGCCGUCCUGCUCUUGCUCUCCACAUAGUUAUCCUGAGAGCACACUGUAGGCGAAGGAACGAUGAAGCGUGAAGGAGCAUAAUCUUGGCAACAGUUUAAUUUUUAUGAAGAUAGCUUUUACAAAUUUUCAAAUAUUAAUAUAUAUACAGACAGCACGCUUGUAUUCGGAGCCUUUUGUCUAACUCCAUAAGGCGUAAUACAACAAAAUAUUUUCCACGUCUUGGGAAGAAAACCAAAUAUAAAUUCUUAUAAUUGCUAAUAUAUUUAGAAUAGUAUGUCAUUGCCAUUAUUGUUGUCAUAAAAAUAAUCAAUGUUAUUUCUUUGUCGAUUUCAUUUUCAAUAUUUUUCACCAGAAUUCUUUAUUGUAAGAAGCAGUAGUCAAAUUUGUAUGUCUUAUUUUAUUUAUUUUUUUAAAAGCUCUUAGAUAUUUUUCAAUAUGAUAUAUACACAUAUAAUUAAAAAUACGUAAAACCAAUUAAUGUAUAAUUGUUAUAUAUAUGUUAUAGUGUGAUACAAAGCAUUAGUUAUAGUAUUAUAUUAUCUGGACUUGGCUGUAAUUCCAGACAAUCCUAAGAAAUACUUGUAUCUGAUGGUUGUCCUUACAUAUACAAUAUAUAUAUAUAUAUAUACACAUACAUACAUAUACAUAUAUAGAAAGUUGAGAUUGUGUUUACUCUAUCCAAAUUUGAAUAAAAUUAUAUGAUUAUUUCUCUGGUA